AAAAGAGAGGAAAAAUCAGAUUCACAAAGCGAACUUUCCUUGUUCCUUGUAAGGCUCACCGAUUCAGUUACAGAGCCUGUCACGCCGAGAAUUUCUGUUUACUUCUCUCUCUUAAUUCACCACGUGUUCGACCAUAUAACCGGACUCAAGAAUAAUCAUUGGUCUAGACUCAUUUCCCUCUCUUUUCGUGUAACAAUAACAGAGAGAGAGAGAGAGAGAGAGUGAUCAAAGCUAGUAGCUAAUAAUCAUGGAUUCACUUACCUCAGUUUCUCCUUCUAUGGUUCUCCCUCUCCCUCUACGGCGUCGUCGAGUCUUAAAUUCAUCAUCUUUCUCCGCUAAUAAUCGCCGUCUUCCUCCUCCUCGGAUUUCUUCUUUUUCCUCUGCAUCGCACCCUCUCGAUCUUUCUAGAAGAAGUAGUAGAUCAAGGAGACGAGUCUCUUGUAGAUUAGCGAGCGGUAGUGGAGAUGGAGAUCGAGAUGCAAAAGAAGAAGACAACAGCAACGAUGAUGGAAGUGAGGAAGUGGAGAGAGCGCUUCAUUUAGACGGCACAAUUCCAGGGACUUCAAAUGAGUUUGUCAAGCAGGUUUCGUCUCGUGCUUAUGAUAUGCGUAGACAUCUUCAACAGAGUUUUGAUAGUAGCAGUUAUGAUGUGCUGGAUGCCAAUCCAUGGAGAGAAACCUCGAAGCCUGUGUAUGUACUUACUCAAAGAGAAAACCAGUUGUGCACGAUGAAAACUCGAAGAAAUCGCAGUGAAGUUGAGAAGGAGCUUGGGCUACUGUUUUCCAAAGGAGGAAAGUGGAGGUCUGAAAUAGGAAGUCAGACUAAACAGUCAAGAAGAGGAACAAAGUUCCAGAUGCUUGUGGAGGAUGUCAGGGAAGGAGUGCUUGUUUUUGAAGAUGAAAAUGAAGCUGUAAGAUAUUGUGAUUUACUUCAGGGAGGAGGUAAAGGUUGUGAAGGUGUUGCAGAAAUCGAAGCCUCGUCAGUGUUUGAUCUAUGUCAGAAAAUGAGGGCCCUUGCUGUUCUAUUCCGGCGGGGUAGGACACCACCUCUACCUCAAAGCCUUGAGCUUAACUUGAGGGCUCGUAAGCGGUCCCUUGAAGACCAAGAGGACUUGGUGUGAAGCUCAAGUGGUUUGGCGCGUGUGAUUGGGAUCUUAUGUUAGGGAACCUGAAGAUUGGAAGUAAAUAUUGUAUUGCACAUCAAUGCCAGCAAUUUAUAUACAGGAACAUGGUUUACAUGUUCUCUUUUUUUUCC